AUGGCGCAGCAUUCCAGUAUCGCGCGGUCGGCGAUGACGUCGAGUUCGCCCGAUCAUGCAGCUCUGGGCGAUCAGAAAAAUAUGAACCGGGCCAACGGCUUCAGGUCGAACGAAACUAGCCCCGGCCCGGCCAGAGAUGGAACUCUGAUGCCUCCUCCGAAAACCGUGGUCAGCCGAGCGCUAGGAAAUGACUUGCAUUCCGAUGCCCACAAAACAUCGCAGGCGCCCAAGGGCGGAGUCGGAACCGCCCUGACUGACACUCCGAUUUCUACCGCACCCCCGUCUCCACAGAUAACUGGUUCAUCCGGAACCCCUAGCCGAAUUCGGGCAACCACUCUUGAUAUUCCCGGCCUGACCAAGUCCAAGGUUUCUCCGGAUGGCCGUAUUGCUCAACGUGAUGUCGGCGCGAAGCUGGUCAUCGUUAUGGUCGGUCUUCCCGCCCGAGGCAAAAGUUACAUCACCAAGAAGUUGGCCCGCUACUUGAAUUGGCUUCAGCAUGACACUGAAAUCUUCAACGUCGGUGAACGUCGUCGUGUGGCAGCGGGCAGGUCCCCUUCCCCGGCCAAAUUCGAUCUUGGCCAGGACAAGAGCCCAAAAAAUGUCCACAAGGACCUCGUUGACUCGGUGCGCCGACUGAGUGUCAGCGUCGGAAAUACUAUGAACCAGAAAGAUUCCUCGCCGCCAGAGGAGACCGACGACGUACCUCUCCCGCCUCCUGUUGUUCCUGCCAAGAUCCUCGUGAAUAGCCAGGAUCCUGAGAAGCAAAUCUCCCAAAAUGGAAGCACCGUGGUGCCAUCCGUCGACGCAGGUCCGGGUCAGUCCCAAAACAAAGAAGAUGUCAAGGAAGCUUCUCCGGAACCCAUGGAACAGACCGCGAAUUUCUUCGAUCCUCAAAAUCAGCGUGCUGUCAAGCUUCGAGAGCAGGUGGCGCUGGACACCCUCGACGAGCUGCUGGAGUACAUCCUGGAGCGAGGCGGCAGCGUUGGUAUUCUCGACGCCACCAACAGCACCAUGGAACGUCGCAAGGCGAUCGUGGAUCACAUCCGCAAGCGUGCCGGCACCGAGCUGGGUAUUCUUUUCCUGGAAAGCAGCUGUGUGGAUCAGGACUUGCUGGAGGCGAACAUGCGUCUGAAACUUUCCGGUCCUGACUACAAGGGCCAGGACCCGGAGAUCGCCCUUGCGGACUUCAAGAAGCGCGUGGCUCUAUACGAGAACUCGUAUGUGCCCUUGGGCGAAUAUGAAGAGAAGCAGAACAUGGCCUACAUUCAAAUGAUUGAUGUCGGUCGCAAGAUGGUUUCUCAUCAGACACACGGUUUCCUCUCUUCGCAGGUUGUCUACUACCUACUCAACUUCAACCUGUCGCCCCGACAGAUCUGGAUCACGCGGCAUGGCGAAAGCCAAGAUGACCAGGCUGGCCGCAUCGGCGGAGAUUCGGAUCUGAGUGAGAACGGCAAGCGAUAUGCCAAGGCGCUGACUCGCUUUAUCGAUCACCAGCGACAGCAGUGGGAGAUUAACCAACGCCAGAAGGACCUGUUGCGCAACUUCCCGCCCCGGCCUGGUGACAGCACCCCACCCAACCCGUCGUACAUCCCUCGUGACCGACCGCGCAACUUCUGCGUGUGGUCUUCGAUGAUGCAACGGUCUAUUCAGACCGUCGAGAACUUCAACGAGGAUGAGUACGAUAUCAAGCAGAUGCGCAUGCUUGAUGAGCUCCACUCUGGAAUGAUGGAGGGUAUGACCUACAAGGAGAUCCAGGAGCAGUACCCCGAGGAGUACGCCCACCGAAAGAAGAACAAGCUGUUCUACCGGUACCCUGGUCCCGGCGGCGAAGGUUAUUUGGACAUCAUCAACCGUCUCCGUGCUGUCAUCGUCGAGGUCGAGCGAACCACCGAUCACGUUCUCUUGGUAAGUCACCGCUCUACUGCUCGAGUUCUGCUCGCCUACUUCCGUGGUCUGAAGCGCGACGAGGUCGCUCAACUCGAUGUCCCUAUGGGAAUGCUAUACAUGCUGGAGCCCAAGCCUUAUGGAGUCGAGUUUAAGGCCUACCGCUACAAUCCGGAAACCGACUGGUUCGACUACCUUCCCCACUACGAGUUGCACCAGGUGGGUGCAGCCAACACCAGCAACUGA